CGUGUUCGUGCGAUGAACGAGUCCCAAGCCCCACGUUUCAUCGCGCUUCUUCUACGACAAGCAAAGGUCCUCCCCGAAGGUUCACGAAGUCUCGCGCGCGAGACCACCACCGUCUUCCGUCUCUCCUGUGAGAAUUCCGAUCCUUUGAUCCAUGGCCGGCGCUAUGGCGUUCGAUCACUCCAGCCUCUCUGGUGAUCCCUUUGAUUCCUCGCUUUUCGACCUCCCUAACUUCCCUUCUGGUGAAAUCCCUUUUCCGGAUGAUUUCUCUGCGGAUUUGGACCUCGAUCCCCUCGAUUUCGACUUCGAUUUCUCCGUUGAAGACCUGCUUCAACCCUCUGAUGAUCCGUCUUCUGCCGCUGAUGAGUCUCCCGGCUCUGAUCCUGAUCCUGAUCCUGAUCCCAACCCUGCGUCUGCCGUGUCUUCGUCAUCCUCCGCCGGAACCAAUACCAAUCCGCCUUCUCCGGACUCGGGCCAAUCCGGGGUCACUAGCAGAGAGCUUAGUUCGGAGGGAUUCAAGCGUAAGGAGAGAGACAUCGAUAACCCUAGUAAAAACCCUAACCCUAACCCUAGGAGUGGCAAAUUACAACGAUCGGAGGAUGGAACUUCGUCGUGCGUCUUCAAUCAAGGUGGCGAUGAUGAUGAGAAGAGGAAGGCCAGGUUGAUGAGGAACCGGGAGAGCGCUCAGCUAUCACGGCAGCGGAAGAAGCACUAUGUUGAGGAAUUGGAAGAUAAGUUGAAAUCUAUGCAUUCUACUAUCAAUGAUUUGAAUAGUAGGUUAUCGUUCAUCAUGGCUGAGAACGCUAGUUUGAGGCAGCAGUUGGGCGGGAACGCCGGCACUGCUCCUCCUAUGGCUGUUUACCCGCCGAUGGCUCCGAUGCAUUUCCCUUGGAUUCCUUGUGGUGGUUAUGCAAUGCGUCCGAAUGGAUCCCAAGUUCCGUUGGUUCCAAUCCCUCGAUUGAAGACCCAGCAGCCUGCCCCUGCGCCAAAGGCUAAGGGCAAGAGCAAGAAGGUUGCGAGCAUUAGCUUUUUGGGUCUGUUGUUUAUAAUGUUUAUAGCUGGAGUUGUUGUUCCUCAAGUCAGCAAUCUGGGGUAUGGUGUAAGUGACAUGGGUGGUGUUAAAGGUAGGAUUUUGGGUGAGCAAAGAGAUAGAAAUUCGGGGGUUAGUAAUUAUCCGAACGGUUUUAAUGGUACUGAGGAAGUUGGGGCAAUGAAGAAUUCUAGUGAAUCUCUCCCUGCUUUUCUGUAUGUUCCAAGGAAUGGAAAGCAUGUGAAGAUAAAUGGCAACUUGAUUAUUCAUUCUUUUCUUGCUGGUGAGAAAGCCAUGAAAAAAGCAAGGGAUACUACCGGGAAAGACAGUGAGGAGACUGGACUUGCGAUAGCUGGGAAUGUCGGUUCAGCUUUGGCCAUUUCUGAACAUCAGAGAGCUAUAAGUUCGAAUUCAAAAGAUCAUUAUGGUGAAUCCUUGAAACGAACUCCUGGGGAAGGACCUUUACAGCAAUGGUUUCGUGAAGGAUUGGCAGGUCCAAUAUUAAACUCUGGCAUGUGCACUGAAGUAUUUCAGUUCGAAGUCUCACCAUCUUCUGUGGAUCGUAGUGGCAUAGUUCCAGCUACGUCAGUCGCUAAUGCUACCACUGGUAAGCUCCCUAGAGGGAAGAAGAGAAAUAGAAGAACCAUGUAUCCUUACCCUAUUCCUCUCAGUGGAUCUACCGUUAACAACACGGAAUCCAGCUUUGGGAAUUCUUCAGAUUCCAAUGUUUUUGGGAAUAAAUCUGUUCCUUCUAUGGUUGUUUCCAUACUGGCUGAUCCAAAGGAGGCCGGUGAUGGAGAUGGCGAGGGUAUGAUUUCACCAAAGAAGUCGCUCUCAAGGAUUUUUGUGGUGGUGCUGAUGGACAGUGUUAAGUAUGUCACAUACUCUUGUGUCCUUCCUCGAAAAACACCUGCGCCUCAUCUGGUAAACUAAUUUUGGUGGAUGAAGUGAAACUAAAUCAUAUUUAACUGUCAGCUAGUCUUUUGGAUGUGUUUUUCAGCUUAAUAAGGAUCUAAUUUAAGUGUUAUGAAUUUUCGAGGCUAUAGACUUACGCUAAUAGGCAUACCUAUACUCCUAGUCAGACUUCUUCUAUGUGUCUGCCUAUUUAUGCUAACUAGGUUCAGUCAUCUUAGCAGUGUUUACUUUGUAACUUGGAUCUUGAGAGUUUCAUGUAUGUCAAGUUGUUUUCGCUGCAAUCUUGUCUGAUGAUCGGAAUUCUCACAGAUUUGAACAAUUAAUAUGAAUGCUUCUUUGAAAG